AUGCGAGAUAAGCGUUUCUUCGAUGCCUAUUUCUCUGUAGAUGAGUGGGAUCCCGAGGGCGGUCUAAAGCUACGCGCUCUCAACACAGCCAUCGAGCCUUUCCAAACGAUGAUCGGCAAUCGGCACUCGGAAGUCCCAAAGCACGUCCGCCGCAUCUUGGCAAGUGGGUGUGCCCAUGGCGCUAUCGCUUGUGCGUUGGAUCUUGUUGGUCUUCAUGAGCGUAUGCGCCCUGGUGCUAUUAGUCAAGAGGACGAGGCUUGGCUGGAGCAACUUCAUGUUAGCGUUUUCGACCAGAUCAUCACAACUGCGAAGUCUUUGGUCGAUGAUCCGGAUUUCGGCUCGCAGCUGGACCAAGUAAUUCAAGAAGGUGGACCAUCGCUAGACAAUUGGCUUCCAACUCAUGACUCGCUGGAUACGAAUUACGUUGCAUGGCAAUGCUACAUGUUCCAACAAGAGAGCGAAGACGAGUCAGAUAGCGAGGACGACGAUGACGGACUCGACGACGCGCCGCAAGCUGCUCUCCUAGACGUACCGCUCGAAGCUGUGGGCCCUUCUGUUUCGGUCGACAGUGUCUAG